AUGAUUCUUUCACGUACUAAAGCAGCAGAUGAUCCGAAGAAGAAAGGUGCGACACAAGCACAAGAUAAAAAUAAAAAGAAAUCAGUUGAAGUCGAAGA